CAAAAUAUAGAGAAGAGGCAGUGUUGCUGGAGUUCAGAGGUCAAGGUCUCUCCCCAGAAGCUGGAAGCAAAAUAGACCUGUAGAAUAGGAAUUGGGUGUGGGGGGAGCUUUCUUGAAGGAUGAAUAGGAGUCCUUUGGCAUUCCAGAUUGUGGGGAGGAUUAGAGCAACAAAGGCACCAAGCAGGGUCAAAAGAGCAGUGUAUUCUGGGUAGAAGUAGUCUGGCAUUGCCCAGAACAUGAUAGAGGAGAGAAGGUAAGGCAGGUGAGAUAGGUAAUGCAGAGAUAGGAGAGGCAGGAGGCUUUGUUCCCUCUGAAAAAGGGCUUGAACUUGACAGUGGGGGGCAACAAAGAGUCAGUGAAGUCUUAGGUGAGAGUGAUGAGGUCAGACCUUUGAAAAUUGCACUCUGCCCUCCUUGUAGGGGAAAAGGAGUAGCAGGAAGACCAGUCAGGGUGACGGUGGUCUGCACUAACGUGGCAGCAGUACAGGUGGAGAAAAUUAGACGACUGUGAGAGGGUCUGGGCCAAAACCCCAAUGUUGGGGUCUAACUGGCUAAAGAGGAAAGGAGCGGCGAGGGACAGGAGGAACCAAGCGUGAUUUCCACCACAGGAGCGACUGGGUGGCACUACAGCCCUGCAAUUCUGAGGCCCGCUUUCUGAGCCACGCGUUCUCCACACUCCGCGCGCUCCGCGUCUCCGUCUCGGGACAGCCGACCCUAGAUCGCGCCCUCGCUACUGGGCAGGAUUCAGCUGAGAAUCCAAACCCCGAGCGGCCUCCGGAGAGCGUGUCGUCCACGCGGCCAGCACGUGGUGGCAGCUCAGGAACCUCAGGGCUGGCAGUGCGGUCGGCGUGACCAACUGUCCCUCGGGCCGCCUCCAGGCACCAACGUGGGAAAUGUGUCCCCUGAGCCUCCAGCCCUUCUAAGACAAGAUGCCGUCAGGCUUCCAGCAGAUCGGCUCCGAAGAUGGAGAACCCCCUCAGCAGCGGGUGACUGGGACCUUGGCCCUUGCUGUGUUCACUGCCGUGCUUGGCUCCUUGCAGUUUGGCUACAACAUUGGGGUCAUCAAUGCCCCACAGAAGGUGAUUGAACAGAGCUACAAUGAGACGUGGCUGGGGAGGCAGGGGCCCGAGGGACCCAGCUCCAUCCCGCCGGGCACCCUCACCACCCUCUGGGCUCUCUCCGUGGCCAUCUUUUCUGUGGGCGGCAUGAUUUCCUCCUUCCUCAUUGGCAUCAUCUCUCAGUGGCUUGGAAGGAAAAGGGCCAUGCUGGUCAACAAUGUCUUGGCGGUGCUGGGGGGCACCCUCAUGGGCCUGGCCAACGCUGCUGCUUCCUAUGAGAUGCUCAUUCUGGGACGCUUCAUCAUUGGCGCCUACUCAGGGCUGACGUCGGGGCUGGUGCCCAUGUACGUGGGGGAGAUCGCCCCCACUCACCUUCGGGGUGCUUUGGGGACGCUCAACCAACUGGCCAUCGUCACUGGCAUUCUGAUCGCCCAGGUGCUAGGCUUGGAUUCCCUGCUGGGCACUGCUGCCCUAUGGCCACUGCUCCUGGGCCUCACGGUGCUACCCGCCCUCCUGCAGCUGGCCCUGCUGCCCUUCUGCCCCGAGAGCCCCCGCUACCUCUACAUCAUCAGGAACCUGGAGGGGCCUGCCAGAAAGAGUCUGAAGCGCCUCACAGGCUGGGCCGAUGUGUCUGGAGCUCUGGCUGAGCUGAAGGAUGAGAAGCGGAAGCUGGAGCGUGAGCGGCCACUGUCCCUACCCCAGCUCCUGGGCAGCCGUACCCACCGGCAACCCCUGAUCAUUGCAGUUGUGCUGCAACUGAGCCAGCAGCUCUCUGGCAUCAAUGCUGUUUUCUAUUAUUCGACCAGCAUCUUUGAGACGGCAGGGGUAGGCCAGCCAGCCUAUGCCACCAUAGGAGCUGGUGUGGUCAACACAGUCUUCACCUUGGUCUCGGUGUUCUUGGUGGAGCGGGCGGGGCGCCGGACGCUCCAUCUCCUGGGCCUGGCGGGCAUGUGUGGCUGUGCCAUCUUGAUGACUGUGGCUCUGCUCCUGCUGGAGCGGGUUCCAGCCAUGAGCUAUGUCUCCAUCGUGGCCAUCUUUGGCUUUGUGGCAUUCUUUGAGAUUGGCCCUGGCCCCAUCCCCUGGUUCAUCGUGGCCGAGCUCUUCAGCCAGGGACCCCGCCCAGCAGCCAUGGCUGUGGCUGGUUUCUCCAACUGGACAUGCAACUUCAUCAUUGGCAUGGGUUUCCAGUAUGUCGCGGAUGCCAUGGGUCCCUACGUCUUCCUCCUGUUUGCGGGCCUCCUCCUCGGCUUCUUCAUCUUCACCUUCCUAAGAGUACCUGAAACCCGCGGCCGCACGUUUGACCAGAUCUCAGCCACCUUCCGCCGGACACCCUCUCUUUUAGAGCAGGAAGUGAAACCCAGCACAGAACUUGAGUACUUAGGGCCAGAUGAGAACGACUGAGGGGGCAAGGCGGGUGUGGGAGAGCCAGCUUUCUCUACCCCCCCAGAGAGACCCCUUCCUUUCCUCUGCAGCACUUUAACCCUCUCUUCCCCGUCACUGCCAGGGUGGAGAAAACCCCUGCAGCCUGGUAGAAUUGGGAAGUGGGAGGGAAGGGUGGUCUGAGCACCCCCUCGCUCCCCUCGUGUGACUCUUGGAUAUUUAUGUGUUGUGGUUACGCUGUGGCCAUCAGGGUGGGCCAUUGUCCCCUUCCCCACCCUUCCCACGUAGUCCAGCCCUUUCCUCCCCACCCCCACCCAGACUGCACUCCAGAAUAAGUUCUUUCCCUGCUAGAGAAGAGGGAUUGGAGGGAGGAGAGGCCAGACUGACUUUUUCAGUGGGACAAACUGAGGCAGAGAGCAGGACGUGACUUUCUCACCACCUUGGACUCCUCCCACGACCUGGGACUUCACUGAAUUCUUGCCACAUGGACUCUGGGCGAAUGGGAUUCUGUCUUGUCCCCUCCUGUGCAAAGGACUCAACCUCUGUCACUGCAGGCUCAGCCUUCCAGGGCAAGAGGGAACAGGAAAAGUAUGUGCCCAUGUAUGGUAAGAGGAAGGGACAGCAAAAUCCCACCUCUAAACUUAGGGCUGGGGGCCCUACUCCGAUUGUCCCCCAAGGCUGCCAAGCAGGGACGGACUCCAGCUCUUUCUUCCUCUCCCUGCCUGCAGGGGUGCUAUCCCCACAGGCUUUUGACCAACUAAGGGAAAGAGGGGAAUUCAAAGGCUGCCUGUCAACAAUGGGCUGGGAGGAGCCUUCAGAUAUUUUUGUAUAUGUGAAAAAGAGGUAGAAAAAAGAAACCAAAGGUCUGUUGUAGUAAUGUGUACAUAUAGAUACAUCUAUAAAGUUACUGUUUGAAGAUGA